AUGGGGUAGGCACUGCCGUCCAAGCUGGGCGUUUAGAAACCAGGACAGGUCUCACAGCCGGUGGGAAUUCUCGCGCCCACGCUGGCCCCCCAGGCCUUGACCUCGGCUGAUCUGCGUCUUCUUGGCUUCAGCGUUUGGCCACCGCCUAGGGGUAGCUCUCCCAGGAGGCGAUUGCGCCCCCGGCUCGGCUGCCUCUCUCGGUGGACUACGACUCCCAACGGCCCCGGCGCGGCCCGUCCGCCUCCCCGGGCGGGUCUCCGCGAUGGGCCUGCUGGGAAGUGUAGUUCCUCGGGUUCCCCGCCACAGGACCUCUGGGAAACCCUGCGCGAGUCGCCAGACUGUGGAGUCUGCGCGCCUCUAAACUUUUGAGAUUUGGCCUAGGAUGGAGGUUUUACAGAAUGGGAACCGGGGAGGACUCCAGGGUUCGGGCCUCCGCUGCGGACUCCUCGAGGCCCAGAGCACCCCGCGUCAUCAGCUCUGGCCGCGUCCCUCCAGCCAUGCACUUUCCCUCCAGUUAGGUUUUUCCCCUCCAAGGCCUGUCCUCCAAAUGGAGAGGGGCGGGGAGGGGGUCACCUGCCAGAAAGUCUAGGGUGCCGGGGUCUGCCCCAAGACUCCAGGCUCCGUCCCAGGGUCCAGGCCCCGCCCCCCAGCUUAUCCCUCGCCGGGGCUCCCCCCGUGGGAACGGGGACCAGCUGGCCGGAAGCACCAAACUGCGUCCCUGUCCGAGCCCCCGGGGAUCAAUCAGGCCGAGGAGUUAAUUAUGUAAUGAGGGGGCAGGGGGUCGGGGCUAAUGAAGCCGCCCUGGGAGGGGUGGGGAGGGUACCCAGGUAUCCGGCCCCCUCUUGGACCCCAUCGAGGCCCCAGGGGUCUCCACCCCAGCCCAACUCCAGGGCCCCAAAGAGGGGAGGGGCUGUGAUCCUGGGUCUGGAAGGGGCUGAGCUGUGAGCUAUAAAGGGGGCAUCUCAGCACUGGGGGACUCUAGGAAGCAGGACCCGAAGCCAGAGGGAACUACAACAUGUACCAUCCACGAGAGUUGUACCCCUCCCUGGGGGCCGGCUACCGCCUGGGGCCCCCCCAGCCCGGGGCUGACUCUAGCUUCCCGCCUGCCCUGGCAGAGGGCUACCGCUAUCCGGAUUUGGACACCCCAAAACUGGAUUGCUUCCUCUCUGGAAUUGAGGCUGCUCCCCGCACUCUGGCUGCACCCCCACCUCUGCCCCUUCUGCCCCCAGCCAUGGGCACUGAACCGGCACCAUCAGCCCCAGAGGUCCUCCAUUCACUCCCCGGGGUCAGCCUGAGCCUGGAGAACCGGGAGCUGUGGAAGGAGUUCAGCUCUGUGGGGACAGAGAUGAUCAUCACCAAAGCUGGGAGGCGCAUGUUCCCUGCUUGUCGAGUAUCAGUCACCGGCCUGGACCCGGAGGCCCGCUAUCUGUUUCUUCUGGAUGUGGUUCCGGUAGAUGGGGCUCGCUACCGGUGGCAGGGCCGGCGCUGGGAGCCCAGCGGCAAGGCAGAGCCACGCCUGCCCGACCGGGUCUACAUUCACCCUGACUCUCCUGCCACUGGCGGUCACUGGAUGCGGCAGCCUGUGUCUUUCCAUCGUGUCAAGCUUACCAACAGCACGCUGGACCCCCAUGGCCACCUGAUCUUGCACUCCAUGCACAAGUACCAACCUCGGAUACACCUGGUGCGGGCAGCCCAGCUUUGCAGCCAACACUGGGGGGGCGUGGCCUCCUUCCGCUUCCCGGAAACCAUAUUCAUCUCCGUGACAGCCUACCAGAACCCACGGAUCACACAGCUGAAGAUUGCAGCCAAUCCCUUUGCCAAAGGCUUCCGGGAGAACGGCAGGAACUGUAAGAGGUGGGCGCUGUUCAUUCACUCAUUCAGUCAACAAAUGCUUAUUAAUUAUUCACUAUGUCCAGGCACUGUGCUGGAUUCAGGAACACAGUGGGAGCGAGAUGCCCGUGUGAAGAGGAAACUGCGGGGCCCAGAGCCAGUAGCCACAGAGGCCUAUGGGAGUGGAGAAGCACCAGGUGGUCCCUGUGACUCCACCUUGGGUGGGGACAUUCAUGAGACAGACCCAGAGAAGGCCCCAGCACCUCGGGAAGCUGCCCCUGUCCCAGUUCCUCCAUGCGGUGGCCCCAGCGCUGAAGCCUACCUCCUGCACCCCGCGGCUUUCCAUGGGGCCCCCAGUCACCUUCCAACCAGGAACCCCAGCUUCCCAGAGGCUCCAGACUCUGGGCACCCAGCCCCCUACUCAGCAUUCCUGGAGCUGCAGCCAGGACCAGGGGGCUCAGGGUACCCAGCAGCUCCUCCUGCAGCAUCCUUUGCCCCCCACUUCCUCCAAGGAGGCCCCUUCCCCCUACCGUACCCUGGGCCUGGGAGUUACCUGGAUGUGGGCUCCAAGCCGAUGUACUGAGACUGCUGGGCCCCUCAGCCUCCCUCCAUCUCCCAUCACAAAUCUCCAGUUCCCUUCCCCCAGCCCUGUAGCCCCCUCACUUCCACUGGCCCCAUCCCCCACACCAAAUGGCUGGCUUGGCCCUGCCCCCUGCCCCCCCUUCACACCUUGAUUUCACUCCCACCCCCCUCUGGCUUCAAAGCUUAGGCUGGGCUGCUGGGAGUCCAGCUGGGGCCAGCUUCCCCUUCCCGGCUCUCACCUCGGUGUGAAUGGAGGGGGGCUCUGCCUGGCCAAAUGGGGCCACAGACCAGCAUCCCCACCUCCUGGGCCUCCUCAUCACCAUCACCACUCGUGCAAGCCACACCAGUCUGUUGUUCUCAGGGCCAGAGUAUUUUUGUUAAUAAAACUCAAAAGCCAUCAGUGCUCAGGAAACGUUGGGCUAAUGGUGUUUGGCCCUGGGCAGGGCUAGGUGAGCAGAGGGUUUGUGGGAAGACCCAGGCCCAGACCUGCUAGUUUCCAGCUGCUUGACCUUGUGCUCAGAAAUCCUCUUAUACACAUAAAUCAACCAGCUGUGGGCCUGUUUCCUCAUCAGGAAAUUCGGGGAAUCUGAAUCUGAGGAAAGCCUUUGGGAGGUCACUGGCUGGGCCCUGCGGGCUCUGGGCAAGCUGAUUGGCCUG